AUGAACGCAUCUAAUAUUCAGACAGGGAAUAGGGACAUUGCUGAAGACAAUGCCGAAGACGAUACUGAAGACAUGAUUCCCAGAUAUAACGGAACACAAACAUCUCUUUGCAUUAUCACGACCAUCCACCAUCAACACACGGGAACAUGGACCACUCCAGUUACCCACCCUUCUCGGUUGCACGAAGCCGACUUUCAUGGUACGCUACGGAGCUACAGACAAUAUUGGGACAUGCGAAAUUAUAUUCCCACCACCCAAGAUGUUGUUCAUAUCUUGUUUACAUGUCAAGGAUGGACGCGUUGCAACCGGGAAGACGAGGUCGAGGCGCCGCGGCUAGGAGACAUGAGGGAACAGCCAUCGACCCGUCUUAUCGUGCUCGCGGGGACGAAGGAGGAGGAGAAAGAUAAACAUGCACCACUCAAAACGGGGAAGACCGACAACCAAGAGACCACCAUCACGCACUUUCCAUAA